CAUCCAUUAGAUGUGGUGGUAUAAAUUGUAAAUCCAAACUUGCGUGUUGUAAUAAAGAUAAUAAAUGUUGCCCAGAAAAAGGUUGGGUAUGUGAUCCAAAUGGUAUUUGUAGACCACAAAAAGUACCGGGAAAACCAUGUGAAUCUGGAUUUCAAACUUGUGGAAAUACGUGCUGUGGUCACUUUGGUGAAUGCUGUGGAAAAGGAGAAAAAUUUUGUUGUUACCCUGCACAAAAAUGUAGAUGUAUUUUUGAUCAAU